CGCCGCUCUUAAGUCGAGAAUAGAUACUCCCGCCCGCCCGCUGCUACGACCACGUCCGUCGAUCGAUAGGAAUGCUCAGUGCGAUGAAAUUAUGACAUAUCGCGGCUCGAUGCCACAUGGCCACGGCUCCGGUUUCAAUGGCCAGCAGCAGCCUCAGUAUCCCCAGGCCGUCCACAACGGCUACGACGCCUGGGGAAACCCCCAGUUCCAGCAGCCGUACCCGAAUACCGCCUUCGCUCCCGUCCCGUAUCCUCACCAACCGCACGCCCACACCCACGCCCACGCCCACGAUGCGCAUCGACAACUGCCGCCGCAGAAUGUAAAUUAUCAAUUCCAAUCCUACGACCCCUCCUUCGAUCAGCGACCUCGCGCUCCUCACCCUCCGCACCCUCCACCUCCGCACUCCCACCCUCCGCCUCUCCAGCCGUCGCCGCAGGCGCAGCAUGGUUUGCACCAGCCUCUCCAGCAGACUCCGCAGCGGCACCAGUAUGCCCAACCGAUGGACUGGCAGUAUAUGCCUCCGCCUAUGCCGUCCCCUUCUUACCAGGCUCAUCCACCCUCGGUCGCGCCGCAGCCGCAGCCGCAACCGCAACCGCAGCCGCAACUCCAACCCCAACCCCAACCCCAACUUCCGCCGCAGCCGCAGCCGCAGCCUCAGCCGCAGCCCCAACCGCAACACCAGUACAAGAAUCAACAUCCACUGCCUCCUCCGCCGCCGCAGCACACGGGUUCUCCCGUCAUAGCCCACUCUCCCCAGAUGGCCGGGCAACUCGCGCCUCACCCCGCGGGUAGAAAUGCUGGUAUAGGUGCGGGUAUGCGAAUGGAACAUGGCAAUCGCGUUUCCGCGAGCCCUCGCUUGGCUGCUCAAGGGAUCACGAGAAGCCCGAGUGUUAGCUCGGCUAGGUCGCCUGCUCCGACGCCGGGCCUGCUCCCGCACCAUGCCGAUACCAGUUCCCUCCUGAUUUGUCUGGCCGAGGAGUUCUUUGCUAAGGCGCGGAAAGAAUCCCAGUCGCUAGCGGAAAAUGCCGACCCGCAGAAUCUGCAAGAAUACCAAAAGCUUGUCGCGACGGGCUUAAGUUGUCUCGAGGUGGCCUUGGAGAAUACAAAGUUGGCCCCGCGCCUAGAAGCCAAAGUACGGUUUCGAUAUGCCAGCAUAUUGUGCGAGGAGACAAACAAUAUGAUGCAGGCCGAGACGGCUCUAACCAAGGGCAUCACGCUUUGCGAAAGAAAUCGGUUUACCGACCUCAAGUAUGCCAUGCAUUUCCUUCAGAUUAAGCUGCUCUUCUCGCAGCAGAAGGUAAAGGCAGCUAUGAUCGCCGUAGACGGCCGGAUCCGGGAUGCCGAAGUAGUGAAACAUUACCACUGGGUUUACGCGUUUCGCUUUCUCAAAACCUCGAUGUACUUGCAGUCGGCCAAUCCGGCCGAGAUGCACGCGCUCGAGAAUCUCAGAGCCAUCGCUAGCCUAGCGAGCCAAAGGGGCGACCGCGCCGUCUUUGUCGUAGCCUCUUUGCUAGAGGGCCUGAGCCUGCUCAAGACUAUGAAGGACGACGCCAUAGUUCGUAUACAGGGCUGUCUCGCCCAGGCCAUGAAGUAUCAGCUCGAGGAUUCUGUCCAUAUACCGCAGCUCGAGGUCUUCGCGCUCAUGCUGGACUUUGCCUGCAGCCUACAACAGAAGUCGGCUCAGACGAUCAUGCAGAAAUUGAAGGAGCUCCAAGACCGCAUCGAUGCUUCCAUCGAAGACAAAUCCUGGAGUUCUUCGGAGACCGAGCUUCUGCUUCCCAUCCGGAAAAGCAACAUACCCGUAAUCAGUCACGAUACGUCGGCUGUGCUGAGGCCUGGCUCGGACGACGACCCCUGCGACUAUCUCGCCAUGUCAUUUUGGAGCAAGCUUGAGGCAUUCACCGUAACAUACACAUAUAGUGGCCUCGCACUGCUGUGCCAAACGCCCCGUAAUGACAGCAGGAUUUUCAAGCUCUGGGAGGAGGCUCUGCUCCAAUUGCAAAGGGCUGGCAUUAGACUACGAGGUCUGCCGACUUCACUCGAGGACGCCAUUACGAAGGCAGACUGGCGGAGGGAGCUUGUCUGCUAUCUUUACAUCCUCCGAGGUCUUUACUUUGCAAGUCAUACACGAUGGGCCGACGUCAAGAAUUGCGUGGCACAACUAGAGAGCAUGGUGAAGCCUCCGCUGGAGGGCAUCGUCGUACUGUAUUCGACGUAUCUCGCGGGAGUAUACCACCAAGGGACUGGCGAUUUGGAAACAGCCAACUCGAUCUUCUACCACCAGAUCUUUAGCCUCGAGGACCAAGAUGGAAGACCUAGGAGCCGGAAAAUGGCGGAGGUCGAGGUGUCGUUGCUGGCGACUUUCAACCGGCUCUGGAUUAUGCAACAUCCCGAUUAUAGAGACGACCGACUGACAUUAGACCUACUGGGACAGCUCCGUCCGCUCUGCGCCGACCAUCCCAACCUGGAGAUCCGCACGGCGUACAACCUAGUGCUCGCGGCAGUGCAGACCAACCCGCCCAUCCCGAUGACGGCGGUCAAGAUGCAUAUCUCGACGGCCCUGAACAAUGCGCAGUUCCUGGGCGACGUGCAGACGCUGUCUAUCGCGCUCAACCUGAUGCGGGCCAAGCUGUUCCAGAGCAUCGUGGGCGACCAGGCGCUCAAGAGCGCGAAGGCGGCUUCGAAUCAGGCUAAGAAGAGCGGCAACACGCUGUGGAUGAGCGUGGCGGAUGCAAUGUUGGCACAGAGCUACGAUGUUCAGGGUCAGGCUGUGAACGCGCAGAAGGCAUGGGAAGAUGCGACGCAGUAUGCACGGCAGGCCUCGGACAUGAUGAAAAAGGAGUGAUGUCGUAAGUCAAAGUGGCAAGGGGCGUAGUCUGGGUUCCGCCAGAGGCCAGGCGUUAUGUAUAAUACCACGGCAUUGCAGUGUUGGGGCCGUCGCAGCUUGGGGAAGAGCGGUAUAUAGGGUGGCG